CACUUAGCAGUUAGCAUGGCUUCUCCCUCUUCCUCUCCUUCUCUUUCCUGCUCAGUGUGUCACAUGUUUAGUUACUCCUCUGCGUCCUUUAGUGAUAAUGAUACCUGUAAUAAAUGCAGUCUGUUUGUAGCUUUGGAGGCGAGGCUCUCUGAAUUGGAAGCGCGGCUCCGCACCAUGGAAAACACCCCGCUAGCUGUUAGCCAGGCUCCCUUAGCCGGUGCGGACCGCAAUAAUAUAGCUGCUAGUGUAGCUUCUGCUAGCCGUACCCUAGCAGCUCCCGAGCAGCCGGGAAGUCAGGUUAGCUGGGUGACAGUUCGUAGGAAACGUAGUCCUAAGCUCAAGCCCGCUGUCCCGGCACACCACAAACCGCUUCACGUUUCUAAUCGUUUUUCCCCACUCAAUGACACACCCGCUGAGAAACCAACUCUGAUCAUUGGCAGCUCCGUAGUCAGAAACGUGAAGCUAGCGACACCAGCGACCAUAGUAAAAUGCCUCCCAGGAGCCAGAGCGGGCGACAUAGAAGCAAAUUUGAAACUGCUGGCUAAAGAUAAUCGUAAAUACAGUAAGAUUGUUAUUCAUGUCGGCGGUAAUGACACCCGGUUACGCCAAUCGGAGGUCACCAAAGUUAGUGUGGCAUCGGUGUGUAACUUUGCCAAAACCAUGUCGGACUCCGUAGUUUUCUCUGGACCCCUGCCUGAUCUGACAAGCGAUGAUAUGUUUAGCCGUAUGGCAUCGUUUCGCCGCUGGUCGUCUACGUGGUGUACUGCAAACGACGUUGGCUUUAUAGACAAUUGGAGCUCUUUCUGGGGAAAACCUGGUCUGAUUAGGAGAGACGGCAUCCAUCCCACUUUGGCUGGUGCAGCUCUCAUUUCUAGAAAUAUGGCUGAUUUUAUUAGAACUCCUAAAGCAUGACAACCCAGAGUUCAGACCAGGAUGCAGAGUUGUAGUCUUCCACACCUCUCUGCAGUUUCCUCUCAGCUGUCACCCUCCAGUAAAUCACUUAGCUUUAUUGAGACUGUGUCUGUCCCCCGACCACCAAAAUUCAAUAAAUUAAGCAAAUCAAAACUAAACAAAAGACAUAGUAACCAUAAAAAUCUAAUUAAAAUUAAUACCACUAUUUCAACUGAGCGAAGAAACAGGACAAUUAAAUGUGGUCUGUUAAAUAUUAGAUCUCUCUCAUCUAAAUCUCUGU